ACAUGCUCAAGCUUGUUCUUUAAAUGCAGGCGUUCACACAGACUGUGGCAGCAGCUUCUCUCUUGAGAACUCAGCACAGAGGCACACAGGGAUCAAGGAUUUUAUAUGCAGUCUAAUAAGAUGGUUCAAGGUAAGUUCUGGACACUCCGCCAGCACUUUGUGGGUUUUCCAAAGGAGACUGACUUUGAACUAAAGGAAGAGGAGCUUCCAGAUCCUAAAGAUGGAGAGGUCCUCCUGGAAGCUGUUUUCUUAAGUGUGGAUCCUUACAUGAGGCCUUACAGUCGAAUACACAUGAAGGAAGGAGACACGAUGACAGGAGCCCAAGUUUCCAAGGUUGUCCAGAGCAGAAAUCCUAACUAUCCAGUGGGCAGCCAUGUGAUUGUAAACUGUGGCUGGAGGACUCACUAUCUGUCUGAUGGCUCUGACCUCAAGCUUGUCCUGUCUGAUUGGCCAGAGAAGCUGCCACUGUCUCUGGCUCUUGGGACCAUUGGCAUGCCAGGGCUGACAGCUCUCUAUGGUCUGGAGGAGAUCUGUGAGAUAAAGGCUGGGGAGACCAUUCUGGUGAACGCUGCAGCUGGAGCUGUGGGCACUGUGGUUGGCCAGAUCGCCAAGAUCAAGGGCUGCAGAGUGGUGGGUUGUGCAGGAACUGAUGAGAAGGUCUCUUAUCUCAGAGAGCUGGGCUUUGACCAGGCCUUCAACUACAAGACCAUCAGCUCGCUGGAGGACGCACUUAGGGAGGCGGCCCCGCAAGGAUACGACUGCUUCUUUGAGAAUGUAGGGGGAGACUUCACCAGUGUAGCGCUGGCACAGAUGAGGCCGUUUGGUAGGAUAGCUCUCUGUGGGAGCAUCUCCAUGUACAAUGACGAAAUCCCACAAACAGGGCCAUAUAUCAACUCUUAUAUGAUCCUUAAGCAGUUACGUAUGGAAGGAUUUCAGGUCACACGGUGGGAAUACAAGCACUAUGACGGCCUCAAGAGACUGCUGGCCUGGGUGAAGGAGGGAAAGUUACAGUGCAGAGAGCACAUUACCAAAGGCUUUAACAACAUGCCUGCUGCUUUUAUGGCUAUGCUAAAUGGAGCCAACAUUGGCAAAGCUGUUAUCAAGAUUUGAGCAAGACUUUCACCUUUGUCAGAUUCUUCCUGAGCUGCAUUCUGUAGACUGGGGAUGGGCAUGUCCGUCAGUUUGAUGUUCAAAUUACCAUGAUCUGAAAUAUAUUCAACCCCAAACUGCCCAACCCAUCUGUUUCAUUUCAAAUGAGUAUGUGUAGUUGCAGAGGUAGGUGGGUAAUAACUAGUUAUAUUUACUCAAGUACAUGUACACACUAUGGAUGGAUUUGUACGUUGGACGUGUUUUUAAAUAAUAAUACUUUUACUUCUACUCAAGUAUUUUAGUGAUUAAACUAAUCUACUUUUUAUAUUUUUGCUAUUCAUAUUUAGUUACUCAUUCUUUUGUGUUUAAUUGCAUUAUGUGUUAUUGGUGACUACAUCUGUACUUUGUGAUUGCUCAGAUCUCUGACUGGAGCUUUAGCAUUUUAUUUUAGACCAAAAGAAUAUGAAAACUAACAAACUUCAGACACUGUGCUUACUAAGAAAUUCUACUGCAGUACUU